AUGGACGUCCACAGUGCGUUUACACUCGACACGACAAAGUUUGGGCCGGGGACGAUAUCGGAGGAAACCAAGACCUUUAACCAAAAGCUGAUGGAUAUUAUGUCCAAAGGGCCAAAGUGGUACGAGGUCGGUGCAAAGCGAUACCGUGAAAUGCGAGCGGCGGGCGAAACUCCGCUCCCCAAAGCCGUCUAUCUAGAUUCUGCUGAAGAUAUCACGAUCCCAUCGAGAGAUGCCGGACGGACGAUCCCCUGCCGGAUAUUGAGACCUCAAAACGGCAAGCCCGUGAAAGCGGUCUUCCUCCACAUCCAUGGCGGAGGCUGGGUUCUCCAGGACGAAAGGUCCCAGGACCCUUAUCUCCAGGGCAUUGCGAAUCAGACUGGCACUUUGGUGUUCUCUGUCGGCUACCGUCUGGCGCCUGAGCAUCCCUUUCCGGCGGGACCAAACGAUUGCUACGAUGCGGUAGAGUGGUUGGUCGACAAUGCAGAAUCCAAAUUCGGUGCACCGCUAGGGUUUAUCGGAGGCGAAUCGGCAGGAGGGCAUUGCAGCAUGCUCACCGCAUUGCAUUUGUUGCAGUCUCCGGUGCCCAAGUAUGCUAGUUUCCGCUUAAAAGGUCUUCUGUUGCAUUUUGGUUGCUAUUCCAUGGUUUGGAUGCCCCGUGUUUACCACUUCAAAAGACCCGAGGUCCUGGUCCUGGACCGAAAUCUGAUGGAUCACUUUGUCGAGGCUUUUGCCCCCGGUAUAACGGAGGAACAAAAGAGAGAUCCGUCAAUCAGUCCUCUCUAUGCGGAUCUGGAACCGUUGCGCGGUAAACUUCCGCCGGCGCUGUUCACUUGUGGAACCGAAGAUUGUUUGUUAGAUGACACCAUGUUUAUGAGUACGAAGUGGUUGAUGGCUGGAGGGGAAGCGGUGAUCAAGAUCCUUCCCGGAGCGCCUCACGGAUACAUUAUAUUUCCUCGGGACAUUCCAGGGAGUGGUGCCGCCGAAGGACUAGACGUUACCGAGAAAUUUAUGCUAUCAAGGAUGGCUUGA